AUGGCAGCCGCACACGAGAAUGGCCAUGCUGAGGCAGUGGUCAAACCCAAUGGGCGGAAAGAGUCUGCAAAAACCCAGAGGAAAAACAAAUUCCUGGGAUGGACCAUCAUAGGCUUGGUCGUGCGACUUGGGAUAUGGUACGCGCUUUUGACGCCUUUUCUGCAGUGCCCUUCGCACCUUUCCGACUUGAAUGACACGUCUCCUCGAGUUUGCAAACCUUAUCUCAUUGUUCGAUCCCGCGUGGAACCCUACGUUACUCCCUACUAUGAUACUUAUGCUGCGCCCUACGUGGAUCAAGUCCGCCCCUACGUGGAUCAAGCCCGCCCAUACGUGGAUGUUUUGAACAAGCGAGUUUAUGUGCCGGCAUCCAAGCUUGCACACACUGGAUAUGAAAAGUACGGCGCUCCAGCAUGGGAACAAGCUCAGACGUAUGGCGCAGCUCAAUGGAAGGGCAAGGUGACGCCGCGGGCCGAGGCGGCUCGGGAUAAGGUACAUCAGCUCUAUCUGGCUGAAAUUGAUCCAUACGCUCAGCAGGGAUUCAUGGCUGUUUCGCCUUACUAUCAAAAAGCAAAUUCUAUUGUGCUUGCUGUUUAUUGGGAUCAUUUGGUUCCCUUUUACACCCGGUCCCAACCUUUCAUUGGCAAGACCUAUGCCACUUCUCAGGAUAUUUUAGUGACCUACGUUGUGCCAAACGCACGAUACACCUGGUCCUCCGUUGUCUACUUUGCCAACAGCUCCCUGUGGCCCCAUGUUACCGGUCUCUACUCGGAGCAGGUUGAGCCGCAACUUGUUAAGAUCGGACAGCGUCUGGCGAGCUAUAGGGAAGGCAAGCGCCUCCGUGCAGUUGUCGAGGAAAUGGAUAGCACCUUUCCUGAGCAGCCCAGCUCUUCAGCUACACUUACUUCUAUAGAGUCUGUUCAGACUUCGAGUAGCGUGACAAUAAUUUCAACCACUGAGGUCCCCUAUGUUGCCCCUACCCUCUCAGCAGCUGAGAAAGCAAAGCAAGCCCGUGAACAGAUUGACUCCGAUCUUCAGAGGUGGCAAGACAAGUUUGCUGUCGCAGCUGACAGUGGCAUUGAAGAUCUUGAAGAGCGCCUCGAAGAGAUCGUCGGUGCCCUCGUCGCUAGCAGUGCUAAUGGCCACGGUCUAAGCCUUUCAACGGCACUUCAAAGCGUGGCUGCGAAACAACUUACUACCAUUAAGGACCGUAUCAAUGAUCUUGUACAAACUCUACCCGAAGAGGAUGCACCGGAAGCCGAAGAGGAAGCCCGCGAUCAAGUCGUUAACGAAAUUCGAAAGUCCGCCAUCUCUGUCAGAGAUCGUGCCCAUGCUCUUCGCGAAUGGUCAUUAUCAUUCGACGAUGAACUCAUGCGUCGGGUUUCAGCAGCUGUCAACUCGACCCUCGAAGUACUAGACGGCAUUCGUGAUCUCGGUCUUCAGGAAAUUGGCAUGCGCUGGGCAUGGAUGGAUGGUGUCACCUAUAAAGACUGGGCAAGAUAUCGCACGGUCAAGGAACAACUCCAGGACUGGCGCAAUCAGAUUUAUCACGUUGGUAUGAACCACAGAUCAGUUGCGGAAGCCAAGGCGGUGGCGGCCGAUAUUUUGGAUCGUGGUAUGGAGGUUGCCCAACAAACUGCUGUGGAACUUGUCAGAUUGAAGGAUGUUGGUCACUGGAAGUUGGCUGCCCGAGAGGUCAGCGACAAUUUCGAGACCAGAACUGAGCCUCCGCCCCCGAGGCCGAAGCCAGAGGCCGAAGCUGAGGAUCCUGAGGGGACUGCCGAUCCUGAACACAAUGAACUCCCUGAGGAAAUUUCGGAACCAUCAACAGCCUCUACUAUCUACAACGAGCGAGAGAAUUUGGCAGGCGAGAAUGUCUCGGAUUCCGACGAGUCUUUCGACAGCGCAGCUGAAACUGAGGAUGAUGAACUUAUUGAGUCAAUGUCGGCUGAUGCUGUUGAGGACGAUGAGUCAAGCCCUAUCAAGGGCGCCUGGGGGGGAGUUGCGGCAGCUGAUGCAAAUACCUAUCAAGCUCCUAUUCUUGAUGACGAGGAACAAGAUGCUCUUCAUAGUCUUGCAAGCAAGGCUGGCGACGCUUACUCUGACGCUUAUUAUCAGGCGAGCUCCGCUUUUGCCGAUUCUACCUCAAAUGCCAAGAUUCUUUACGAUAUCGCCAAGUCGCAAGUCAUGGGUCAAAUGGCUCAGACCAGUGAGCCUGCCCAUGCACAGAUCCUCUCUUCUAUUGAAUCUGCCUACUCUGGAGCCGUCAAUUAUGCAACCAAAGAGUUUGACGCGAAAAUUGCCGCGGUCAGGGCCACUCCUACUCCUGCCGGACCUAUCGCCCAGAUUUCCUCAAUUGCUUCCUCUCGAUUGAGCGAAGGUCUCAGCGUUGCCUCUGAGAAAUUGGCCCACAUCCAACCCAUUCCAUCUCAGACUAGUUCUGCGGGACUUCAGCCUUACGUACUAGAUGCUCAGCGUCGCUACUAUGAGGCUGUCGGCCUCGCUCACGAUCAUUACACCGCUUUUGUCUCCACGGCUUCCCACGCUGUCUAUGGUACCCCAACUCCCACUGCAGCCCCUCUUGGCUUCCAAAAGCUUAUCGAAGAGGCCGGUUCUCAAUACGAACAUGUUUCUUCUCUGGCUUCUGCCAGCCUUGCUGCAGUUGUCGCAUCUGCCAGUUCUAUGGCUUCACCAGCGCAUGAUGGGGCAGCGCAGACCAUCAUUAACGAUGCCUCAUCCAAGUAUCACGCUGCCAUGUCAGCGGCAUCCGCCUCUCUUUCUCUUGCGUCUGCAUCCGUUAGCUCUGCUGUCUAUGGCUCUACACCUGGACCUUUGGAGUCUCUGUCCAGCCAAGCAUCCGAGAAUUGGGAAAGCCUCAUCUCUAAGGCCAGCGAGCAAAUCUAUGGCACUCCCGCUCCGUACCUUCAGCAAUUGCAAGAGAGAUUGCCCCAGUUCGAGGCCGUUCAGGGAGUGGUGUCUGAGCUUCUUGUCGGCAAGGAGCCCUCCUUUACCGAAAGUGUCAUGAGCAAACUCCGUGUUGCAUACGAAACACCCUAUCCUGCUGCGGCCCUCUCUUCUGCUUCGAGCUAUGUGAGUGAGACGUACGAAUCAGCCUCUUCGGUUGCCGGCGCCUAUGUUUCCAGCGUUCCAAGCGUAGAGGACGUCUUGCAAGGCGUGAACGAGCAGCUCAAAGAUGCUGUGGAAGCUGCCAGUACUGGGGUCUUUGGCACCCCUAAGGGCUCCUACGAACAGGCCACAGAGGCUGUGGCUGGCGCUUAUGUCGCCGCGUCGGCGCAGAUCAGCAGUGCUGUUCACGGAAAGGAGUCCGGCUACAUUGAUAUUGCCAAGGAGCACAUUGAGGACAUUCAGUCAAAGGCCAGUGCUGCCAUCUACGGGAAGGAGCCCGGUGCGGUGGAGAGCGCUACCAGCCGCCUUGCUGCCGCUAUCGAGGGCGCUCAGUCUCAGUUAGCUGAACUGGCCGCUAGUGCCAGCAGUGUCGCUUCUGAGGCUGCUGAGACUGCUGGUUCCCAUGUGGAGGACGCCACCAGCAACAUCAUGUCUGCCGUGUCCUCGGCCAAAGACGAGCUGUAA